AUGUCUUCCCCCAGACUCAUUCCCCUGUGGAAAGAUUUUAAAUACCUUAUAAAUGACAUGAUACAGAAAAGCAAGCAAACUUCAGAUGACCCAAAGACUGAUGUAGUUGUGCUGAGUGACCGGUCCCAGAUUCUGUUCAGAGAGUCUCGCUAUCCUCAAAAUAUGCCGCUUAUAUGCUAUUACAUCAGUGAUGCCAACUUCUUUGCCUCCCUCUCUUGGGUGACAACAAGCACAAAAGAAAUCCAGGCAGUAGUAUGGAUGCAGAGCAAAACCGAGGACAUGGUGGAGAAGAGAACAUUCUCCAUGACCGAACGACUGCCGCCCAUCCAGUCCAUGGUGCACACAGGCUCCUUUCAUAUCCUCGUGGUCUACUGUGGUGACCUGCUCCUGCGGCUCUUUGGGGACCACUUUCGGUCAUUCAAAUCCUUGGCUGUAGUACCCUGCCGCUUUAACAUCAACUGCCUCUGCUAUGACCCAGAAAUGAAGAUGCUUCUGUCAGGCAUCCCGGGGGCAGUGGUCACCUGGACCAUUGAGCGGACUGGCAAGGGCCUCCAAAUAGCCUACAUGGCUUCCAUGCCUGGUGAUGAGCUUGUCCACGACAUCGUGCUGAACGGCCCCAAUGGCUCCAUCCUAGCCCUGUGUGGGACUGUGGUCAGAGUCCUUGAGCGCCAGGGCCACGGCCAGCUGGGAGAGGUGAAGAGGUUCACUUCCACCACCAGUGGCUCCUCUAUCACCUGCUGCUUCACCUGUUUUGAUCAGGGCUUUCUUUAUGCUGGCAACAAGACUGGGGAAAUCCAAGUAUGGAACCUCAGCUGGGGCCACUCUCUCCACAGUUUCAAGGCCCAUUUCUCAUCAGUGGUAUGUAUCCACAGCCGGCCAGAAGCCCACACCCUGCUAACGGCUGGCAAGGAAGGCUUAAUCAAGGAGUGGAACCUGACCUCAGGGGGCCUGCUGCGGCGGCUAGAAGUUGGCGAGGAACUGUAUCAACUCCAGUUUAUCAACAGCACUACUUUCUUCUGCCAGACCACCCAUUCUUUCUUCUUGCGCAGUUUGCCCUGCUUCUACAACCUCUUCAAUGUCUGUGGCUCUGCUCCCCAGCAGGUGCGUCGGAUCCGUUGUGGUGAUAACUGGUUCCGGAUCCUCUGCACUACGGAGGAUGGCUUGUUGCACUUUGUGUCCCCACUAACAGGGAAUCUUCUGGUUCUCACCUGGCCCUUCUCAAUCCUGGACCAGGCUGUGGACUGGGCCUAUGACCCAGAUAAAGAGGAACUCUUUGUAGCAACAGGCAGGUCAGAGGUACUGGUAUUUGACACAACCCGCUGCCCUUGCCCAGCCAAGUAUCUCUUAUGCACCUCACCCGAUUCUCAGGACUUGGUACAAUGCCUGGCUUAUGGGCAUUUCCACCUGGGUCGGGGUCUACAAGGACUCAUGUUCUCUGGACACCAGAGUGGUGUGAUCAGGGUGCUUUCCCAGCACAGCUGCGCCCGAGUAGAGAAAUUCAUGCACUUUGGGGCUGUGUUAGCACUCUCUACACUGCCUGGAGGGCUUUCUGGCAGCCGAGAAAACUCUUUGCUCUGUUCCUAUGGAAUGGAUGACUAUAUACACCUAUCAGAAGCUGUGCUUGAGGGGAUCAGAGUACUUCUGCGGCCCCUCGCCAGCAUUCUCAGCAGCUGUCACCUAACACAUCUGAUGCUUUUGCCCGAGUCUGUGGGUGCUAUCACGGAGACUAACUGCCUACGUCUCUGGAAGUUCCAUGAUUUUCUGUCCUCUGGGUCACAGGAAGGCUUGACAUUCAUAGAGACAUUGCCACUGCACCAGUGUGCCAUCGUAUCUUUUGAUGUCUGCUUAUCCUUGAGUCUUUUUGUCACAGGUGGCAGUGAUGGCUCUGUCCGGAUCUGGAACUUCCAUGGUAGACUUGUAGCCAUGCUGGACUCAUCACUGCACUUUGGCCCACUCUGCUUUGCAAACGACCGGGGUGACCUGCUUCUAACUUUCAACCAAAGUCUUUAUCUGGUGUCCUGUUUAAAACUGCUUCCACCAACCCUGCUGGCUCGCCUUUCCCUUAUGGGUAUGACAGAUGAAGUGUUGGAAGUUCCUAAGCCUUUCAUACCAAGCUUCUUCUUCUCCUUUGAGACUAUGUUUGUGCCCAAGUAUGUUUACUCUGGACAAGGGCAGCAGCAGUUAGUGGGUCUGGAGAGCCUUGUCAAUAAGCGAGCUAUUGCCUUUGAUCAUAAUGUGCCACAUGUUAUAGAAGAAGAUGAGCAAGGGAGCCCUGUGUUACUGUCUUCCUUCAGACGCGAUGCCUCGGACAAGGAGGAAACUGAUUGGAAGCAGGUGAGAAAACUUCCUCAUUCCCAUUACGUCAUUCCUCCCCAACUGCAGCUGACUACCUGGAAUGGACUCAACCCCUAUCAGAUACUGCGAUGCUACUUUGGCCAUGGGAGGAAAUGGCUCUUGGCUCCUGAUUGCUACAUCCCUAACUCAGUGAUUCGUGCCCGUCUUUGGCCAGAGGGCAGCCCGAUAUACCUACAGUGCAACCUGCACUCACCCAUGCGGGAAUUGGAAUGGGACAAGUCUCAACAAUUCUUUUUCUGGCACAGUAAGGCAAGAACUAUAAGUGAUGUAGGAGAAUAUUCAUAUGAAAAGGAGGAAGAAGACUUCCUAGAAACAAGAGUGACCAAGGAUGUAACCUACAGUGUCCUUACAGACUCAGCAAACCGCAGUUGGCUGGGAAGAAAGAUGAGUGAAAUAGCUAUCAAUAGCCUGAUAGAGACAAUUCUCAGUAUUAUGAUCCAUGCUUCUCCACUGAAGUACCAGUGCUGCAUUGGUGCACUAGGGCAAAUCUUUGCCUCUUACCAGGUGUCUCCACCCCUGCGCUCCGAAACAGCCCAUCGUCUGUUGGAUGAUACAACCAAUUCCAACCCACUGAUCCGAGAGCUAGCCUGGGAAGGGCUGAAGCGUCUAGGAAUGAUUACUCAUCUCUUUGCCCUGCCUCUGGCCCAAGGACUAAUGGACAAAGAUGAAAGAGUGAGGAAUAAGGCCCUGAAUCUUGUGCCUGAGACUGGAAUCCACACUAAGACCUCACUCUUAAACUUGAUCCAGAACCGAGAUACUUUCCAGGAGAUGCAGCAAGAAAUGGUUGGGGAGGAAACCCUGGACCAUCUGCUGGGAAUGCGGGCCACAGAUCUCCAAAUCCUUCAUACUCAAGUGGAGCAGCGAUUGAAUGAAAACCUGACCUUAUCACAGAGAGAUGAAAAGCCUACUUUUUCUUUAUAUAUCACAGAGGCUUCUGAACUUAGCUCCUUUUCCAAGCCACCUGAUAUAGUUUCUGAAGAACCUGAAGUUGCCGUCAAGCCCAGCAAAGGCCAGAGACGGAGCCGAGCAGAAAGCAGAAAGCAUACUCAAAAAUUUUUGCGAAGCCUCAAGAAGAUGAAAGACACUGACACAGAGCCAGGUCCCUUAGAGGAUCAAGGUGAUCAGAGUGAAGCUACACCAACUCAGGGGGAGGGUUCUAGGUCUUCAGCCUCCAGUAUAGCAGAGAUUUCAAAAGAAGAUGAACAAGAACAUCCAGAGAAAGAUGCCGCAAAGGAUUAUGUUGCAUUGACCCUGAAGAUGCUGAGGAAGAUGCGUGACAAAAGAGGGAGGAAAGCAACAAUUCAGAAACCCAUAAAGAGGCGCAAGAGGAAGGCAAUAGACGCUGAAGUUACAGCUGAGGAAUCUCCAUUUCCUGCAAGGGAACAGAAAGUUGUGAAGAUGGUGGAAGCCAUAGGGCGGGGUGCCUCUGGAGCCCCUGGCCACAGGAUUACCCCUGGAGAUGGCUCAUCAUGGCGGGAUGAUCUGUGUCGUCUUAUGACCCUGAGGAUAUCUGGUUCCCAGACAAAAAUGUCAGAAGAUCUAAACAUGGAGCUAGUGACCACGGCUCAGGAGAUGCUGGCAGAUCGACAGCCCAGCUGGGAGCUCUUUCAGGAGAUCUGCCCCCUGUUGAAGAGAGAAAGUGAGACACGGCUUGAGGACCUUGACUGGGAUGUAGCCUGGCCAGAGGAGAAACCAGUUUUUAUUCAUGGAGAAGCAAUUAGAGAGGACAUGGUGAUCAAAGACAUGGAAGAGGAGCAAGUGCAAAAGGAAGAAAGGGACAGGAAGGCCUUGCAGGAAACCCAGGUGCUUCCCAAAAAGGCCAAGAAAAAGAAAGUAAUUUUUUUAGAACCAAGAGAUCUAACCAAAGGAAAACAAUUAUCAACAAAGGAAGAGAGGAAACCCUCUAAGAAGCCCUCUAAGCACGAGAGGAAAGCAGUCCAGCAGGAAACAAAAGUGGAUAAAAAAGAGAGGAAAAUAACCAAGAGGGAUGUGAGUCAGGAAGUGGGAAAAAUGGCCAAAUUAGAGGGGGAAAUGGUUGAGCAAGAAGGAAGACCAGUUAAGGAAGAGCCAAAGGUGCCUUGGCAGGAGUGGAAGAAGUCCUGGGAUGAGUGGAAACAAACUUAUGGUGAGUCAAGGAUAUCUUGGGAUGAAUGGAGGAAAUCUUUGGACAAAAAGUGUCUUGAGGAAGAGGAGAAAUUACAAAAGGAUGAAGAAAAGCUACUCCCAGAUGAAAAAAGGCUGGAUAAGGACAUGAGCAAGCUGAUAUGGGAUGAAUGGGAACAGAUCUGGGAAAAGAUGUCAGGCAGGUCCAGGGAGCAACCAUUGGAGGAUGAAGAAGAAGUGACCCUGGAGGAAGAACUGUCUCCAGAGUGGGAAGAAGAAGAAGAGGUGAUUACAGAAGAGCAGAGACAGAUCCACAAAGAAUAUAAACAGGCACAGGUUGAGAGGAAACGGGCCAAAGAAGAGAGGAAGCUGGCACAAGAAGAAAAGAAGCUAGCACAGGAAGAGAAAAUACUGGCGCAGGAAGAGAGAAAACUGGCCAGAGACUAUGAGCAGCUGGCCCAGAAAGACAGGAAAACAGUCCAGGCAGAGAGUAAGUUUGUCCAGAAUGAGGAAAAACUAGCCCAAAGACGGGGGAUGCUCAGCCAGGAAGCAGAGAAAUUGGCCCAGCAAAGGAAGAAAUUGGCCACGAAAUUGGAGAAACUGGCUCGAGAAGAAGAGAAAACAGUAAAGAAAGGAGGGAAGCUAGUUGAGGUAAAAAAUAUAUUGAUCCAGAAACUGGAAAAGCUGGCCCAGAAGGAGCAAGAUCUAACAUGGCAAGAAAAGGAACUAGCCCAGGAACUGGAGGACCUCACAUGGGAAGAGGCGGAACUGGCUUUGAAAGAAGAGGAACUGAAUCAGGAAGAAGAGAGACUGGCUAAGGGAGAGGAGGGACUGGCUCAGGAGGAAAAGGCACUGGCCUUGCAAGAGGAGAAACUGGAUAUAGAAGAGAAAAAAGCGCAAAAACUGGCCCAGGAAGAAGAACUGCUGAUCCAGGAAGAGAAGAAAGUGGCCCAGCACGAGGGAAAACUGUCUGAGGAAAAGGAAAGACUUGCCCAGAAAAGGGAGCAGUUGAUAAAGAAUAACCAAAAACUGGCCUGGGAAAGGAAAAAAUUGGUCCAGAACAAGGAAGAACUCACCAAACACAAGGAGAUACUAGCCUGGAGGCAGAAGACUAUGCCUCUGGAGAAGGAGAAUCUGGCUCAGGAGAAGGUGAAAUUGGCUCAGAGGAAAGAACAGUUAAUGCAGCACAAAGCAAGCCUCACCCAGAACAGAAAGAAAUUAAUCCAAGACAAGGAGAAACUGGACAUGUUCAAGAAGAGACUGGCUCAGAUGGUGAAGAAGCAGUUGGAGGAAAAGGAGAAACUUUUCCAGAAGAAGGAGAAACUGGAUAAUGUAGAAAAACACCUGACCCAUUUAGAGGAAAGCCUGGCUGAGAAACAGCACAAACUAGCCCAGGACAAAAUGAAAUUAGCUAAGGAGAAGAGGGUGAUAUUCCAAGAACUGAAACAGCUCAGAGGUGACUGGUCUAUUAGUAAGGAAGAAAAGGCACUGGGUAUGGAAAUGAAGAAACUGGCCCAGGAGAAGAUGACACUGGCUGAGGGUCAGGAAGCUCUCUUCAAGGAAGAGACUCAAGAAACUUCAAGACAGAAGAAACUAAUCAAGGAUGAGCGAGAACUAAUUAAGAGGAAAUUGUCACUAGAGGAGAAGGUACUGGUCUAUGAAGAUAGGAUACUGGCCACAGAGGAAAUGGACAUUGCCAAAGGAAAAUUGGAGUUUAUUAGAGAAGGGAGAGUAUAUGCCCAGGAACAAAGGAAGCUAGCCAAAGCAAUAAGGAAGUUAGCUAGAGAAAGCAAGGGCAUUUCUAAGGAACCAUCAAAAGUGAGCAGCAAAACCUUAAAGGUACUUCAAGACCUUAUCAAAGAAGAAAGGAUGAUAACCCAGAGAGAAAUAGAGAUGACAAAGUUAAGGAGGGCAUUCUUCAUUAAGGAAAGGGAACUGAGCAAGACACAGAGUGAACUUGAUGCCAAAGAGUGGGAUUUUUCUGAGGAACAACCAGAAAUUACCACAGAUGAGAAGAAACUGGCUAAGAGGCAGAGAAAACUGGCCAAAGAAAUGAGAAGAAUGAUAAAGAAAGAGAAAAAAAUGACUGAGGAAGAAAGGAGAUUGGCCAGGCAACAGAGAGAAGUCAUACAGGAAGAAGAGGAGGAAGGAAUAACAGAGGAAGAAGAAGAGGCAAAGCCAUUCCUUAAACAAAGGUCAAGAGAGAGAGAAAAGCUAAAGAGAGUUGAAAUGCAACAGGAAGAGUUUCCCACUCAAGGGGAUACAGUGAAAAGUGAAGAGAGCCUCUCUGAAGAAAUGGAAAGCCUGUUAAAUGAAAUAGAGCAAGAGAGUUUGUCUGACGAGGAGGAAGAAGAGGAGGAGGAGCAAGAGGAGGAAGAGGAAGAGGAAGAGGUAGAAGAGGAGGAGAUGGGAGACGAGAAGGUAGAAGAGGAGGAGAGGGAAGAGCAGGAAGAGGAAGGGGAGGAGGAGGAAGAGGAGAAGUUGCAGCAGGAGGAGGAAGAGGAGGAGAAGGAGGAGGAAGUGUCUGAGAAGGAAAGCACGCGUGAGGAAGAGAUGGAAAGUUUGAGUGAGAGAGAGGAGGAAGAGGAGAGAAGCUUGUUGGAAGAAGAGGUGGGCAAGAAAAAAGAGAUCUUAAAAAAAGAAAAACGAUUUAAAUUACUAGAAGAAAGGAAAAAAGACCUAAGAGGAAGAGAAGCAGUACCUUCUAUUCGAAAAAGAAUCCCUGAGGUCAAAGGCAGUGCUAUAAAACUGGGAGUUCUGAAAAGCCCAUCCAAGCAACUGAUCUCAACAGUUCUGGGGAGGGCAGAGAAGUUACCCAUGCUAGAACCAACUAAACAAAUAUCCUGGGAGGAUAAGGCUACAGUACUUGAGAAAUCCAGGAUAUUCCCAGGGACAGGGUUUAUAGAUAAACAAGAAGAAUUGUUGAAGAAAUACAAGCCUCUACAUGUUUUGGAUACAACUUCAGAGUCUGAAGAGUCUGACUUAAAGACCCCAUAUUUAUCCCAAAUAUUGAAGAAGAAUGUGGAAGCUCAUAAACUCCAAGGCAAACCACUCGGGGCCAAGUGGCAGUGGAUUUUGCAGCGUCAUCCAUCUCUGAAGGUACAGACUGAGGUACAAUUACCUGUGUCCAAAAUCCUGGCUGAGGAAAUAUAUGGAGAUGUAAGCCUCUCAGAUGUAGAGUGGAUCCACCAUAUCCUAGAACGGAUGGAGGCAGGAGAACAGCUUUCCAGGGGUAAUUUCCACAGAUUGUGCCAGCUUCUCAAAGACCUCACUGCAAAGGGAAACUUAAAGUGGAUGCAUCUGGCCAAACUUGAAGCCCUUGGGUACCAUCACAAGCGGUUCCUGGAAUCACGAAGCACGUGUAUCUCAAAACCCAGUAAAGAACCCAUGGGCCCAAAACACCUGAAAGUGAUCCCUCCUAUAAAAAGAAAGGAAAAGGAAAGCUGGCUAAAAUCUUUGGCUGUCUCCACACCAAAGUCCCCAUUAGCUACCAGAAGGAUUCCAGACCCAAAGGCUAUAAACUGGUAUCUUCUAGGAGAGCCUUACAGGAGUGCGCGGGCGGAAGAGAUAUCCACUGCUCUCAAGGAGAUGAAAAUGCAACACUAUUAUCCUGCCACAAGAGACAUUUUCACAGGUGCCCAUGCCUCUGUGGAAAAACAAACCCUAGCACUGAUGUUUCAAAAGAACUUCUGGGCUUUUAAGGAUAAGGGCAGGUUUCCCAAAUUGCCCAAGCUGGAAAAGAAAGCACAGCCCAGCUCUAAAAAAAAGGAAGAGGUGCCUCUAUGGGAGACGUUUGUGGCACUGUACCAUGUUUUGCGGAUGUUGAAGGAGCGAUAUGCGAAAGACACUGCUGCUUGGAUGGAACAGUUCUACCGCCUCAUGGACCUGUACCAACUUAAGUCCCCUCGAAUCCAGAGGCUGCUACAGGAACUGCUAAUGAGAGAGGAGCCCCGAUCCCAAGAGAUCAUUUACAAAGAGGCCCUAAAGACCAUGGACCUAGUUCCUGGAGAGCGGUUGUUCUACCAUCUGUUUUGUGGUAGUUCUCACACCCCUAAAGGUCCUCUGGAGUUCCAGGAGGUGGUGUCCCUCCCAGAGCAGAACAAUGUCCGCACCAUACUCCCUAUGGGCAUUGCCCAGUAUGGGAUCUUAGAACUCGCCUGGAAGAGUCUGCCCCAAGCUGAUUUACACCUCACCCAGGAAUUGCCCUACAUUGUGGCUCCUACUCCUUAA